AUGAUUCGGAGAGCAAAGAUGGAUCAGAAACGAGCACAGCUGGAUGGAGAAGCUCUGUCCUGCUCAGUCUGUUUGGAUCUACUGAAGGAUCCAACGACACUACCCUGUGGACACAGCUACUGCAUGAGCUGCAUACAGAACUACUGGAGGGAAGGAAGCCAGAGGAGAACCCACAGCUGUCCUCAGUGCAGGAGGACCUUCAAUCCAAGACCGGUUCUGGAGAAAAACAUCAUGUUAGCAGAGUUAGUGGAGGAGCUGAAGAAGACUUCUGACUGUAAGGAACACCUCCUACAUCAAUUUAUGGCUCCAGCUUCACAAAAACACAACCAGGAGGACAUCUGCCCCAGCCACGACGAGGAGAUGAAGAUCUUCUGUCGCACUGAUCAGCAGUGUAUCUGUUACAUCUGUCUAAUGAACGAACAUCAGGGUCACGAAACAGCCCAAAUAGCAGAAGAGAGGUUUGAGAAGCAGGAGAAGCUCCAGGUGACACGACAACAAGCCCAGCAGAAGACCCAGGACUGUGCAGAAGCUGUGAAGGAGCUCCAGCAGAAGGUGAAGAUCAUUAAUACUUAUGCGGACAAAGCAGUGGAGGACAGCGAGAAGGUCUUUGCUGAGAUGAUUCGUCUCAUCCACAAAAGAAGCUCUGAAGUGAAGGAGAAGAUCAGAUCCCACCAGGAAGCUGAGGUGAGUCGAGUCCUGAGUCUCCAGGAGGAGCUGGAGCAGGAGAUCAGAGAUCUGAAGAGCAAAGAGGAAGAGAUUGAGAUGCUCUCACACACAGACGACCACUGCCAGUUCCUGCACAGAUACUCCUCACUGUCAGCUCUCAGUCAGUCCACACACUCAUCCGGCCUCCCGGUUUGUCCUUUGAGGUUCUUUGAGGAGGUGACAAAAGCUGCAUCAGACACCAGAGACAAACUACAGGAGCUCUUGAGGGACAAACAGGCAAACCUCUCACCAAAGUCCUUCAUUUUCAUAUGUGUCCUUUUGAUCAUUUAUUUGAGUUUAGUUGGAUCUUUUAUGCUGAAAAAGGACGUUUCACUGCCAGAACCAGAACCAAAGAGCAGGGAGGAUUUCUUGAAAUAUUCAGGAGAACUCACACUGGAUCCAAACACGGCAAACCCACAUCUGGUUCUGUCUGAAGCAAACAGAAAAGCAGCAUUCACGCAUAUCAGAAGCCAUUACCACAACCAUCCAGACCGGUUCAUCUACUGGACCCAGGUUCUGAGCAAAGAGAAACUAUGGGGACGCCGGUACUGGGAGGUGGAGUGGACUGGAGGAGCAGUUUACGUUGCAGUGGCGUACAAGAACGUCCAAACAUCACGGUUUGGACAUGAUCACCAAUCCUGGGCCUUAUAUUGCGACAAAAACAGCUACGUCUUCUACCACAAAGGACUGCAGACCCCUCUGUUGGGUCCUGUUUCCUCCAGGGUGGGGGUGUACCUGGACCACGGAGCAGGUGUUCUGUCCUUCUACAGGGUCUCUGAAACCAUGACUCUGCUCUACACAGUCCAGACCACCUUCACUCAGCCGCUCCACGCCGGCCUGGGCCUCUACGACUACUUCCUGUACACAGGAGGAGACUCCGCAGAGUUCAUUAAGCUGAAGUGAGCGGCAUUGUGGGUAACGGGGGAUUCGUUUUUGUCUUUCCCUUCUCCUUAACUACUAAAAAACUAAAUAGUGCAGGGUUAUCUAGUGCCUUGGAUUCAAUACGGACACCAUGGUCACCAUUUUUAACAGCAAAUACGGGUUGCAGAUUUCCCAAAGUAAAAACCUAAUAAAUGCAUUUUAUUUUUUAAAAGAAAAAGUGUUCAAAAUAAGUGCAUGGCGGUCCAUAUUUGGCAGUCUAGUUAGCAUUGUCGCUAGCUGAUCUGUAACAGCUACCUGAUCUAGUACGACGAGCAAUCUGUAAUGGAUAGCCACUUUG